AUGGCAAUCACGCGAUCCCAAACCAAGAGCACCCGCAAGCCCAAGACUCCCUCGCCUCCACCUCCCGCUGCCGGUCCAGCGAGGAAGGCCAGAGCAAAGGCUAAGCCUAAGCCCAAGGGGAAAGCCAAGGUCGACGACGAAGAUGUAAACGAAGACGGUGGAGAAGUCGAAGCGCAGGGCGCUGGAAAGGGGAACGGGAAAGGAAAGGCGAAGAGUACAGGAAAAGGAAAGGCAAAAGCGACGGAGGAGGAGGAGCAGGAGAAAGCAAAAGAGCCUGCAGUGAAGGAAAGCGCAAAGACGAAGAAGACAGCGACGAAAGCGAAGGAAACGAAGGCCAAGGCGCAGGUCGCCAGGGAUAAAACCCAGAAGAGGACGUCAGCGAAAAAGGCAGCCGCUAGUACCACUGCCGCCUCUACCACCAACGCUGCUGCGUCGUCUUCCAAGACACCCGCGGCCACCACCGCCGCAUCCUCUUCUCGAAAGGGAAAACGCAAAGCCACGAACCCCGAGCCCACACCCGACCUCGAACCCUCGGAAUCCGUCGAAGAAGAACCUGCACCUCCCCCCGCACCUCGUAGACGUACGCGAUCCCAAGCUCAAACCUCUGAGACACAGACUCGCGCGACUCGCCCGCGUAAACGUGCGAAAAGGGACGAAGAGGAAGAGGAAAAGGCCAAAGAAGAGCCCAUCACCCCUGCCAUGGUCCAACCACGCGUCGAGCCACCAGCGGCUCCUCGAUCGCCUACGGAACGAGCCACCGCGCCUCUGCUACCCUACCCUCCUCUUCCGCCAGCUGCACCCGCCCAAUCACCCCAGCCGCCGACAGCCAAGGACAAAGGCAAGGGAAAAGCGAAGCCUAAGACGGCGAGGAUCAGCACGGGAGGGAGACGACCCAGAUACAAUGUGAUCAGUGCUCGCGCUCAGGUGAUGGCGAUGGCAUCGAGUUCUCGUGCUGGGCCGUCUGGGACUCAACAUACCCCUCAUCGCGCUGGACCGUCUGGGACUCAACAUACCCCUCCUCGCGCUGUACUGUCAGGGUACCAACAUACUCCUCCUCGAGGAGGACCAUCCGGGUACCAGCAUCAUCAUUCCCCUCCUCGCGCAGGUCCAUCAAAUUCGCAUCACACCCCCCACCGCACGUCCUCCUCCUCUCAGGACCAAAACCACCAAGACCACGACGAGCUGCCCUACCAAACGCCCAUGGUCCAACGCACCUUCCCCAGCCAGCUCCUCGCCAAGCUUUCCAAGACCCCCCGGCUGACAAGCAGUGCUAGCCCAGUAGGACAAACCACUGGGUCGUCGCCCGAUGAAGGCUCUCCACCCGAGGAAGGACCGUCACCAGCGCGCCAUAAUGAAGAAACACAGGACCCCUCCUCCUCCCCCGUGGCGGCAGACUCACCCGAGUCGCUCAUCUCGCACAUGUCGCCCAACUGGCCUUCCUGGGCUCUACCAAACGCCUCCACGUCGAUCGCACAGGGAUCAUCCGCGAACCAAGCCCAACAGCUUUACCUAUCUCCGCCUACCAGCGAACCACAUCACCACCACCACCAGCAACAACACCAACCACAUACCCAACCACACCCGGGCCACCAACCACCGACUCCACCAUCCCACGAGCACACACCGAUCCAACCUGACCAACCGCAGCUUCCUGACCCGGGCAUCCCCACCAACCAGCCCCAAACGCCGCCCAACGCCCCACUCACACCCUCCUUCCAAUUCAGCUACCACAGCUCGCAAUUCAGCUCCCUGCCCUCCUCAGCAACCCGCGCCGAGCACAUUUUCCACUGGCACCAGCAGCUCCAAGAGGAGGCGCAGUACAUCUCGCCCCCGCCCGAGCCUUACCGCUACCCUCCCGGUUUUCGUCCUCCCCUCCUUCUUAGCCAGCAGGCCGACUUGAACGCUGAGGCAGAUGGCGCAGACGAGGAGCAGGGGCAGGAGGAUGACGGGUGGGGCUAUACGUGGAACGACGGACUGCCCAACUCGAGCCCCCUCUCGCCGAGUGGGAGUGAGGCCAGCGGGUUGAGCUAUGCGGAUGAAGAGGGUGUCGUGGACCGCGUCGAUGUGCUCUCCCAGGCUAGCCCCGCACAACGCGGCGGCUCGGGCGCCGAGUCCCCCUCCAACAAUCGCACACCCUCGUCGAGGUCGUCAGGCGAAUCCGAACCUUUGUUUUUACCCAUUUCUUCGUCGCCCGAUGAACGCCAAGUCCAACGCCAAGCCCGACAAGCUCGACUCCAUCGGGAGACGGAGGUGUUGUCUCCCGGAUCGAGGUCGAGGCCGGGGUUGACUAGGUCCAGCGGGGAGACGUCGUCAUCUCCCUCUGGAUCUGGAUCGAUGUCGAUGUUGAGAUCAAGGUUGACUAGGUCCAGCGGCGUGUCGCCUACAUCAAAGAGGCUGAGCGCAGAAGCCUCGUCUUCAGAUCCGCCCGUACAAUCACAACCACGCCAGGUCCCGGUAGCGUCGCCUCCCUCUCCUCCUCCUCGCCCUCCGGCGUUCACAGCUGGCGACGCUGGUGAUGGCGCGCUUCCAUUUCAUCCAGAAUCCCCUGCCUAUGUCCCACCUCCCGUUGAUCCCGCACCUCCAGUUAAUCCAGCACCUUCUGUUAACCCAUCACCUCCAGUCGCACCACCCAACGCAGUCCAACCGCCCAACCCCCUCGCCUCACCAACAACUCCACCACGCCUCCCCCGCGCGCCAGGUCUGGAACGACGAAGACGGCGCGCGAUGCUGCCGCGGAUCGCGUCUCCUGCUGGUCCUGUUGGUGCUCCAGGCGGUGCCGGUGUUUCAGGUGGUGGUGGAGGUACUUCAGAUGGUGGUGGUAGUGGUGGUGGUGGUGAUGGUGGUGGUGGAGGUGAAGGUCCUCCAAACGAAGCCGAACAAUCCCCUUCACACAGCAGCUCACCGGAACAAUCCAUCUCUCUUGCCCAACUUCCCAUCUCACCUACCCACCCCAUCUCACCCAUCCGACAAAGUCAACCACCGGCACUCACCACACCGCCCUAUCACCGUCUUCCAGGAACAACGCUCACACCACCCUUUCACCAUCUUCCAGCAACACCCACACCAGCCACACCUCCCUCUCAACUCGGAGACCACCCAAGCGCACCUCCCUCUCAACUCGGGAACCACCCAAGCACACCUCCCUCUCGACUCGGAUCACGAGGAGACGACCCAAGCACCCCACUCUCCCAACUCGGAUCGGACCACCCACGCACACCUCCUUCGCUCCGCUCACCCACCAGCCCGCCCUUCUUCCCCAUCACACCGUCGCGCCAGGGCCAGGGUGAGACCCAGCGUCUGCCUGUCUUUUCUCCAGGCGGUGGUGGUUCUCCAAGCGGUCGUGGUGGUCGAAGUUAUGGGGGUUCUCCAAGCGGUCGGGGUGGUCGAAGUUAUGGUGGUUCUCUAGGUGGUGGUUCUCUAGGUGGUGGUUCUCUACUAGUAGGUGGUGGUUCUCUACUAGUAGGUGGUGGUUCUCUACUAGUAGGUGGUGGUUCUUCGGCAGAAUGGGACGACAGGAUGGAGCAGAGGAUGGAGGAGUGGGAGGAGAGGGAGAGGAUUAGGAGGGAGAAGAGGGAGAGGUGGAGGGCGGAGAAUCGGCGAGCGGGUAGUGGUGGUGGUGGUGGUGGUGGUGGUGGUGGUGGUGAGGAGGAGAACGAGAAGGAUGAGCACGAGCACGAGCACGAGAGGGACGAACAGAGGGAACCAAAGGACGAUAAUCAUGAACAUGAACACGAACAUGAACGUGAGCUUGAGAACGAGAACGAGGGUGAGGGUGGGAGGGAAGAGUACGAGGUGCACGAAGGGGACGAGGGAGAAGACCAUGAUCGAGAGAGCGUUGCGUGGGCGGGAGAGGGGCGAGAAGAUGACGAAAUGGAGGAAGACGAUGGCGUGGUGGAUGGAGACGACGAGGCGGACGGAGACGACGAAAUGGGCGGGGACGACGAGAUGGAGGACGGAGACGACGACCAAAGCCACAUCGAACCCGACGACGACGACGACGAGCCAGAGGAACUACUACCCUCCUCACGCGCAAAACGCGAGCACCACGAACGCGUGCAAGCCGAACAAGCGCGGUGGGAAGCCUUCCUCCAAAAACGGAGGGAACUCAAGGAGCGCUUGCGCCGUCGGGUGGGGGAGAGAGCUGCUUCCGAGGGCCCAGCCCCAGCCCUAGCCUCAACAUCGACAUCGACAUCAACGCGUGCGCCAUCCGGAACCGCAAGCAUGGCCAGAGACAGAGCGGCCACCGCAGAGUCCACCACCACCACGAGACAUUACGCGUUCGUACCCCCGCCCCUCCCAACCUGGACACCCUACGGCAACCCGCGGGAACCCGACGAGCCGGUCCAGGGCUGGCUGCAGCGCGUCGCCCGGGUGUACUGCGAGCGGGUCGAGGUGGAGCGGAGGGAGAGGGAGGAGAGGGAGGCGUGGGUCGUGGAGGAGAGGGAGGAGAGGGAGGAGUGGGAGGAGUGGGAGAGGAGGGAGAGGGAGGCGUGGGUCGUGGAGGAGAGGGAGGAGAGGGAGGAGUGGGAGGAGUGGGAGAGGAGGGAGAGGGAGGUGAGGGAGGAGAGGGAGGAGAGGGAGAGGAGGGAGAGGUGGAGGUGGACGGAGGAGGACCCGGAAGGGGAAGGAGAGGUCGUGUGGGGGUGCGUGAUCGACUCGGACGACGGGGAGGAGGACGCGGAAGGGGAAGGGGAGAAAGGGGAAGAGGAAGAGGAAGAGGAGGGAGGGGAAGAGGACGACAAAGGGGAUGGGGACGAGGAUGAAGAGAUGGCGCAGGACGAACAAGAAGAGACGGAACCCCGCCAACUGACAAGACGCGAUCUGGCGGCUAUGGCCGAAGCCCGGGCUCGUGCUGCCUCACGCGCUCGACGGAUGAUUCGGGAGGGGGAUGGUGACCAAUCUUUCUCUCCCACUUCACCUUCUGCUGCUCCCCCCUCCCUUUCAACUGCCGCUUCCCCUUCCGCUUCCGCUGCUGCAUCCACCUCCACUCCCGUUCCCGCCGAAGCUGAAGCUGGUCCGUCAAGGUCAAAGUCGAGGUCGAGGGAAACGAGGAUGACGAGGGCUGCGACGAGGGCUGCGCUGGAAGCUGAGAUGGCUCAGGCUGUAUCAUCAGCUCCAGUCGUGCCCACUCCGGAAGCGCUGGACGCCGUGACGCAGGGGAGUCCACUUCAGCCUGAGGAUGGAUCGAGUAUGGAGCUUGAGCUGGAUCCCGUGGACGACGAGUUGAUGUAUCCGCCCAGUCCUGCUGCCGAGUGA